AUGUCCUCGAAUGGCAGGAUUGCAGUCAGCGUGUUGCUCGGUCUGCAGUUACUUGUCCUGAUUACCCUUGCUUGUUAUAUCUACAGCACCCCGACAUGGUCUCCAGCCUUGGAUGCCCUUGCUGUGCUGCGUAUGGGAUCCUCAGUGAGCAACUUGCCUGCUCUUGGGCUCAUGAUCAAAUACCAAUCUGAAGAAUUGCAAAGGGAAGACGGUUUGAUUGGAGUUGUAGAUGAUUGGGAGAGAGACAACAUGGUGAUUCUGCCAAAGAUCGCACUAGGAGCUCCUGGUUUGAUUAAUCGAAAGGCAAAGGCAAAGGCAGCGCGCUCUCCGCCGGAAACAGCUGAAGAGGGUGUGUAG